AGGUAGACACUACACGCCUUCAGCGGCUCCAAGGACCCCUCUCCACCGCUGCCAGUGCCUCUUCGCGUCGCCCGCCAACCCCGCCGACGCCGAGGGUCUGACUUCGGGACCAAGCCCGGCACCGUCCACACGCUCUCUUCCUCCCGCUCGGGCUGUCUCCUCUUUUGCUCCCACGUCCCGUCAACGUGUCCUGUUAGACUGACACUGCUUGCUCCCUCCUUUCCGCCAUCAUGGCUUCCCUAUCUGAUCUGGAUACUCUCGACGUCGUCGUGCUCGUCGCUCUGUUGGUCGGCACCGUCGCCUAUUUCACAAAGGGGACCUACUGGGCUGUCCAACGCGACCCCUAUGGCGAUUCUCUGGCCGCUGCCAAUGGCAUCGCCAAAUCCGCCAAGUCCCGAAACAUAAUACAAAAAAUGGAAGAGUCGGACAAGAACUGUGUCGUCUUCUACGGCUCCCAGACGGGUACCGCCGAAGACUACGCCUCGCGGUUGGCAAAGGAGGGGCACUCACGCUUCGGCCUCAAGACCAUGGUAGCCGACUUGGAAGACUACGACUAUGACAACUUGGACGAAUUCCCCGAGGACAAGCUCGCCAUCUUCGUGCUCGCCACCUAUGGCGAGGGGGAGCCCACUGACAAUGCCGUCGAGUUCUACGAGUUCGUCAGUUCCGACGAGCCCAGCUUCUCCUCGGGCCAAUCUGCCGACGAGAGACCCCUCCGCCAACUCAACUACGUCGCCUUCGGUCUUGGGAACAAUACAUACGAGCACUACAACUCCAUGGUUCGCAACGUCGACAAGUACCUGACCAAGCUGGGCGCUCAGAGGAUCGGAAAAGCCGGCGAGGGCGACGAUGGCGCUGGCACCAUGGAAGAAGACUUCCUCGCUUGGAAGGAGCCCAUGUGGGCCGCUGUGGCGGAGAAGUUCGGUCUCGAGGAGCGCGAAGCCGUGUACGAGCCCGUCUUCGAAAUCACCGAGCGAGACGAUCUGGACCCCGAAUCGGAUGAGGUCUAUCUUGGUGAACCGAACAAGAAUCAUCUCGAGGGCUCUCAAAAGGGGCCCUUCAACCAGAAUAAUCCCUUCAUCGCACCCAUAGUCGAAUCGUACGAGCUGUUCACGGCCAAAGAUCGCAACUGCCUUCACAUGGAAAUCCAAAUCAGCGGCUCCAAUCUUACCUACACCACCGGCGACCACAUCGCUGUUUGGCCUACAAAUGCGGGGAAGGAGGUUGACCGAUUUCUGCACAUGCUUGGGCUCUCAGAAAAACGUCACAAGGUCAUCGCAGUCAAGGGCCUGGAUCCCACAGCCAAGGUACCUUUUCCGUCUCCAACCACGUAUGAUGCCGUGGUGCGAUACCACAUGGAAAUCUGCGCUCCCGUGUCUAGGCAACUCGUCUCCACCGUUGCUCAGUUCGCGCCGACCGAGGAAAUCAAGACUGAAGCCACCAAGCUCGGAGGGGACAAGGACUACUUCUACUCCAAGGUCACCGAUCGUAACCUCAAUCUAGCCCAGCUUCUUGAGAUCCUCUCCAACGGCGAACCCUGGCGUAAAAUCCCCUUCUCUCUCAUGAUCGAAGGCAUUGUCAAGAUCCAACCGCGCUACUACUCCAUUUCAUCGUCAUCUCUGGUUCAGAAGGACAAGAUUGCCAUUACUGCUGUCGUGGAGUCAAUAUCGAAGCCCGGGGCUCCCCAUAUCCUGAAGGGGGUCACGACAAACUACCUCCUGGCGUUGAAGCAGAAGCAGCACGGCGAUCCCGAUCCCGAUCCUCACGGACUCAACUACGCAAUCACCGGCCCUCGUAACAAAUACGAUGGAAUUCACGUCCCUGUUCACGUUCGUCACUCCAGCUUCAAACUCCCCUCGGACCCAUCCAAGCCCGUCAUCAUGGUCGGCCCUGGAACGGGCGUCGCCCCCUUCCGCGCGUUUGUUCAAGAACGAGCAGCCCAAGCCAAGGCCGGUCAGAAAGUGGGCAAGACGAUACUGUUCUUCGGGUGCAGGAGGAGGAAUGAGGACUUUUUGUACGCCAAGGAGUGGGAGCAAUAUAAGAAGGAUCUGGGCGACAAUUUCAUCAUGCACACUGCCUUCUCCCGCGAAACCCCUAAGAAGGUCUACGUGCAGGACCUCAUGAAAGAUUGCCAAGAGGAGCUUAGCAGACUCCUCCAGGAGGAGAAGGCCUACUUUUACGUCUGCGGUGAUGCAUCGAACAUGGCUCGCGCCGUGAAUGACCAAGUUGUCCAGGGCAUCGCGGCCUUCCGGAAUGUAUCUCGAGAGAAAGCCGAAGAGAUUGUGAAGAUGAUGAGGGCCUCCAACCAAUACCAGGAGGACGUCUGGUCAUGAUUGGACAAGCUCACGGCUGCCGCACGUUUUAUGAUGUCCGUUGGGUAUGGAUAGAAUCAGGGCGGCUUACUGGCGUUUGCUCUCAUCUGCAUAGGGGAGAAGAAGAGGCGAUCCCCCGAGCACAUUCAGGAUGGCAUUUUUUGACAUAAUGUUCUUGCACAAAGCGUUGGUGUACCGUCUAGACAUGUUUGGCGCGUUAUGCUUGCUGCUCCUCUCCGUCUGCGGUUCCUAUUUCUGACUUGUUGUACAGAGGGAACGAUUUAAGUUCAACACUGUUAUCUUGUUACA